UCGGUCGCGCCAAUAACGCUUGCUCACUGUGAUCCCCCCCUCUCGGCCCUCCGAUCCGACUUACUCUCUUGAUCUGUCUUAUCAAGUUUAGAAUCCCGGUCAAAAUCAAACAAUCUGGCGGCAGAGAAGAGGGCUUCACGUGUACUAGAAUGAGACCUCCCACUCAUUAUCAUUUUCCUUUAUUUCAUCUCUAAUUCCAAAAAUUAUAGACAUUUUCUCUCAUCAACGGUAGGAGUACAGAGUAUGCGUAGAAGAAGCAAAGGAAAUAUUGAUGGAUCUCUUCAUCACAUUUUCUUGAUUUGCAAGCUCACUCCACUCAUGGCAUGGUAGAUUUCGUCCUUGGAAGGACUACAUUUGUCUGGCCGUGCCAUCUUUUGUUCUUCUUGCAAGUGAUUUCCCAAGAAACAUUGGAAACAAUUUGCACAAGUGUUCUAUUGGCUAACAAUACAACAGGAGGGGAGUGCAGGCUUUUGUGAUUUUAUAUUGCAGUAUUCCUACAAUGGGCAAAUCACCAGGAAAAUGGAUCAAGACCCUACUUUUUGGAAAGAAAGCAUCCAAAUCUAAUUUUUCAAAAGGAAGAGAGAAAGUUGCAAAUGAGAGAGAAGUGUGGGUUGCUGCCAAGGCACCAGAAGCUGACUUGGGUUUGGAUCCUCUUGUGGCAUCAGAGGCUCCUAAUAUUAUUGACAAAAAUGAGAUGUUAGAAUUUGAGAACAGGGAAGCUUCUGCGGGUGGAAUAUUGUCUGGGGAUCUGGAUGCAGAUAUUCAAGGGUGCAGACAACUCAGUACACUAAAUAAUCCUGAAAGGAUAAGACAGGAGCGAGCUGCUACAAAGGCCCAGGCUGCUUUUAGGGGUUAUCUGGCUCGCCGUGCAUUUCGGGCCCUCAAAGGGAUAAUAAGGUUGCAGGCUCUUAUCCGUGGCCACUUGGUGAGGAGACAAGCUAUUUGUACCUUAUACUGUAUGCUGGGAAUUGUCAAGAUACAGGCCCUUGCUCGUGGAAGAAGGAUCAGGCAUUCUGAACUUGGCCUCAGAGUCAAUAAGAAAUGCAUUCAAGUGAAACCUCUGAAGGGCAAGCUUGGGGAUCCUGCUGGAGUUAGCUCAUCCACACAAAUAGCAAAGCGAACCGCAAAUGCUUUUGUUCAUAAGCUUCUUGCUUCAUCUCCCACUGUGAUGCCUCUACACCUUCAAUAUGAUUCUGCUGAACCAAAUUCAGACUUCUAUUGGUUGCAAUGCUGGUCAGCAUCCCACUUCUGGAAACCGAUUCCCCAACCAAGGCAAGUUCCUGACUCAAAAUCCCAGAAAAAGCAGGGUAACCCUCUAGCUAUAGAAACUGAAACAGGUAGGCCCAAGCGCAGUGUCAGAAGGAUCCCUGCUAUGAAUGUUGACAGUGUCUCAGCCCAAUCAACCACUGAAUUUGAGAAACCCAAGCGCAACUUCAAGAAACUUUCAAGCCGUCCAGCAGACCCAGUACUGGAACAUCCACAAAAUGAGCUUGAAAAAGUUAAACGUAAUUUGAGAAAAGUUCAUAACCCAGUUGUGGAGAGCUCUGCCCAGCCGGGCAAUGAAACUGAGAAACCAAAGCAAAGUAUGGAAAAGAUGUCGAGCACUCCAGGACAUGAUGUUUUGGAGCAGAGCAUGGGUGAUUCUGCAGAGAAGAUGAACAUGGAGACACCUGUGACGGUGUCCAAACUGCCUGAAGUAGAAACAACAACAGAACCACCGGCGGUGAUAUGGGUGAAUGAGGCAUCGGAUUCAUUACACAAUGAUCAAACUGUAGUUGAGUUACAGCCGGUAGAGAACAGUGGAAAAGAUGAAAAUAUUCCUGUGGCAAAUGAGGAAUUGAGCUCUAAGGAGGAUGCUAUUAGCAAUGAAAACCAAAAAUCAAGCAGGAAAGCUUCUAUUCCAGCAAAGCCAGAACGUGCAGAAAAUGGGCUAGAGAGCAGUCCAAAGUUGCCAAGCUAUAUGGCAACAACUCAAUCUGCAAAGGCAAAGCUCCGAGCCCAAGGCUCCCCUCGGUUGGGGCAAGAUGUGCCUGAGAAGAAUAACAUAACCAGGCGUCAUUCUCUGCCCUCCUCUACUAAUGGCAAAAUGAACUCAUUGUCACCGAAGACACAGAAACCGGUUCAAGGAAAUGGCAAAGGAGGAAAUAGAAGUGAGAGAUCCAUUUUGUCUUCAAAAGACGGAAAUGGUAAGGAACUUGUGAUCUCAUUGGAGUUUCUGAUUCUUGUUUUCUCAUGUGAUGCUGCUUCUCACUUUCCAAAAGUUUUCGUUCUACACCUUUCACACCACACACAAGCACGCCCUGAUUCGAUGCUGCUUCCCAUUUUCCAAGAAUUUUGGUUCAGUUCCUUUAACAACACACUCAAACACACCCUGAGAAUAGUCAGCUUAGUAUUGCUGCAACCUGGUGAGUUAGAUCCUACCUAACCCGUGAGAUCCCAAACUUGGAUUAGGAAAUUUUAACUUGAUCUAAGAUUGUGUUGAGCUUGGAUUGAGGCUUUAGCCUUUGGGUAUCUAUAAAAUUUACUAAUGAUAGGUAUAUAUCAUUUUUCAU